AAAGCUGCGACAGCGAACAUCAACGAACGAUUGUCGAUUAAAUAGUGUUGACAUUAAGAACAAGAACUGGGAAAGUGUGUUGAAAGUGAAAAUGGCGCCCAACUUGACCUGUGCGUGGAUUCUACUGCUGCAACUUUGGAGCCUGGCUUUGGCCGAUGUCUCGCACUUGGAUUACUCUAUUACACCCAGUUCCCAGCUGGCCUACUACCACUAUCCAGCUCCCAAUCGGCCGGGUGUCCAAAGAGCAGCCCAGAGGAGUCAGUACCAACAAUAUCCCCAUGUGGCUCGUCAGUUUGCCGAGCCCUCCUUGGAGCAGGCUGCCUUUACCCAGGCUCUGACCAGUCAGGGUUAUGUAUUUGGAGCACCCUCGGCGCCACUUCAGGUGGCUCCCUCGCAGCAGGUGGCCAGAUCCUCCACUGGUCGCUCCAUAACCUCCGCCUCGGUGGAUGCCAAUUCGCUGAACCUCAAGUUGCCAGUGCCCUUUGGCAUUGCACCACUGAAUGUAGCGCAACUUCCGCUGCAGGCUGGAGCACCCUACGCCAGUGUGCCCAGGACCACAGGCCUCACUUCCUAUGGAACACCGCAGAUACAGAGGCGCUGAUCCACCUUUCCUAACAUGCCUAGAAUAAUAAUACAUUUAAAACAGAGCCAGAGCCAGAGCCAUCCCGACUGAUCAUCAAACUGCGAUGACUUCUCCUCUUAGUGAAUACACACAUUGAUAACAAUAAACUUGCCAUCUAAGCUUA